CUGCACCCCCAGUGCUGUGGUCCCGCUGGCUGUGUCCGCCCGCUCACAAUGCACGUUUGUGUCUCUGUCCCCCGCCUGGCAGGAGGAGAGAGACAAGGCCACAUUUCUUCAGAGCAUCUCCGUGCUGUGCAGAAGCGCCUUGAUCCACGGCCUGAGCCAGGGCCUGGAUCUGUUCUGUGACAUGUACCAGCUGGCAGAGAACAUCAAGGCGCUACUGGAAGAAGAGCCAAGGGACCACCUGUGCACAGACCUUCGGCAUCUUUCCAUGCUGGCUCUGGAGAAAUUGAGCUUGGUGGACACAGCGCUGGAGGGCAAAGCCAAAAGCCUCCUCUGCGUGUGCUUCUCAAGUGUCUUCUGGCUGCCUGCAGAGAAGGAAAUGCCAAAAGAGGACCUUGCCCUCUAUCUCAAGACCCUGAACUCCAUGGACAGCAUGCUGAGGACAGUGGUGCUCAGCUUUCCUGCCUCUCGGGUCAGCGAGGAGCUGCAGGGCAUCUUGGAGCUGCUGCUGGACUUUACCAGCUGCGAGAGAGAGGCUGUGAGGGAGAGGGCCAUGGCAAGGAUCGAUGUGCUGGCUCGUGUGCUGUCCGACUAUUCCACUCUGCAGGCCCAUGCCAACAACAGAAGAGGGACUUCUGGACCUGUCUGCUCUGGGGAGAUCCAGCUCCCGCUCCUAGGAAAGCUGCUGGGACGUCUCAUCCUUUUCCGAUUCUCUGAGGAGCGGACAAGCUGUGCAGCUUUCCACGCUCUUUUUGCCCUGGCCGAGUUCAUCUUCGAAUCCAGGUCAAAGGACAGAGCAGGCCAAGCCCACUGGGAAGCCGAGACCACCUCCGCGCUGUGUUCUCUGAGCGCCAGGGACUGCGCCAAGGCCUUUGGAAAAUACCUGCGGUCCCACGAGAGGACAGACGUCAUCCUUGUGGCCGUCGAGGCCAUGGGAGAUGCCAGCAUCCUCGACCAGCAGGUGCCCAGCAGCCUGCUGGAUGUGGCCUUGGAAGCCCCGGACGUCUGGCUGACGGACGCCCCCAAGAUAGUCAGCAGCAUCCUUGAGAGCCUGCAAUGCUGCAGCACACAGGCGGCGUGGGAGAAAGCGGAGUCACUCCUUCACCUGAUGACCAACCUGUACCCCACAACAGUGGUCAUCCUCCUGUGCAAGGCGGCUCUUCAAGGAGACAGGUACUGGCCCUGA